AUGUCGAGACCGUCCGCGACAUCGACUCCAUCCAACUCAAACACACUGCUACUCCGACGCCAGCUUGCUGAGCUCAAGAAACGUCCCCUCGAUGGUUUCUCAGCAGGGCUAGUUGAUGACAACAACUUCUACGAGUGGGAAAUUAUGCUCAUCGGGCCGCCCGAUACCAUCUACGAGGGCGGCUUCUUCAGGGCUCGGCUCAGCUUCCCGGAGGAAUAUCCUCUGCUGCCACCCAAGAUGAAGUUCCUCACGCAGAUGUGGCAUCCUAAUAUCUACCCGGAUGGCACCGUAUGCAUCUCGAUUCUCCACCCUCCGGGCGAGGACCAGUAUGGCUAUGAGGACUCGGGAGAGAGGUGGUUGCCAGUCCACACAGUGGAGUCUAUUCUGCUGAGUGUCAUCUCGCUGCUCUCAUCCGAGAAGCCCAACCUAGACAGUCCCGCAAACGUCGACGCUGCGAAGGAGGUCAGGGAGAACUUUGAUGCGUACAGGAAGCGGGUGCGACGCUUGGUCCGGAGAAGCGCUGAGGAGGCUUACGACUGA